GGCAAAAGAUGCUCUUCAGACAAUGGAAUCUGAAAGGCAGAGCGUUGCAGUAUGUCGCGUUGUGCUCAGGAGCUUGCGUCAUCCUUUCCGACGGUUUGCAGCUGGGAUGGCCGGCACCGUAUCUACCGCUGCUGCUAAGCGGCCAGUCGGCGUUCCGAAUAACCGACGAGGAUGGUUCCUGGAUAGCGAUAUCAAACAUGAUCGGGGGAUUUUUGGGAGCCGUCGUGUCGUGGCUGACGUUGGAUGUGUGCGGGCGUAAGCCCCUCGUCGUCUUCACAUGUAUCCCGCACGUGGUGUCGUUGCUGAUGCUGGCGUACGCAGGUAGCACGUGGCAACUGUGCGUUGCCAGGGUUAUCGGUGGAGUUUCGGGGGGAAUCGGAUUCUGCACGGUGCCGCUAUACCUAUCCGAAAUCGCGGACGCCAACGUCAGGGGUUUCUUCGUAUCAAGCUUGGAUCUCAUUCACAAGCUCGGCAUUCUUGUGGUAAGCAUCGCUGGGACCCACAUCAGCAUGGCGACAUUUUCGUUCGUUGCCUUAUCGAUUCCCGCAUUUGUGUUCCUGACGUUCCUGUGGAUGCCAGAAACUCCUCACUAUUACGCUCUUAAAGGCGAGUGGGAAAGUUCCCGGCGCAGUUUGGAAAAGAUUAGUGGAAAGACGGACGUAGAAGACAGGUUGUGCCAUAUUUCGGCGACAGUCGCCGAGUUUCACCAAUCGAAAGGUACGUUCGUGGAGUUUUUAACCAAUCGGGUUAGUCGACGAGGAAUCUACGCACUGUUGGUGCUGCGUGGAGUGCAACAGUUUAGCGGCAUCAUCGCGAUAACCUUUUACCUUCCGGUAAUUUUGGAGAGCGCCAAGGAUUUCGUGUCUCCAAAUGCGUCCACAGCCGUUUACUACUCGUUGCAGAUUCUAACCACUUGCGCGACGACGGUGGCCAUCGAUCAUCUGGGACGGAAACCCCUGCUGCUUAUCUCGGUGACCGUCACCAGCGUGGCACUAUGCAUUGUUGGCGUUUAUUUUUCAGUUGCACAUUGGACUAACAUCAACCUGGAUGGAUGUUCGUGGAUUCCACUUUUGGGACUGUUUCUGUUCAUCGCAGGGUACAGUUCAGGUCUGAAUUGCAUUCCCGUGUUAUUGGUCGGUGAGUUAUUCCCAAUUGGGGUGAAAGUGCUAGCAGCUACCGUAUUUGACAUGUACUUCUGCAUAAUGUCAAGUCUCGCUUCCAAGUUCUUCCAAUACACCAAGGAUGCGUUUGGCAUGUACGUUCCAUUUCUAACGUUCGCCGCAUGCUGCAUUUGCAGUUUACCAGUUAUCAUGCACCUCGUAUCAGAAACCAAGAACAAAACCUUGGAAGAAAUACAAACGGAAAGCAAAUCCAUGAAGUCUUGAAGAGCUUCUUGGCAUGAACUUCUCAGUUCAUUAUCAAAAAUUGAUGAAUACCAGUUCUUGAGCUAAUUGUAUACCAAUUUUUAAUUAAGGGCUACAACAAGCAAUGGUUCUUCAUCAAAUUGAUGGAAUUAUACGAAAUCAUUUUUUAAAAUAACCUACCUAUCUAUUCUAAUGAUCUCAUACGGACAAAUUGGUCGACUGUCAAAUAACGUUCCUCACUCCCCCUGAU